GCUCCAAAACGCGCCGUAUCGAGGAGCCGCGCCUUGCGUUCUAUAUUUUGAUGAUCUGUGUUGACAUAGGCAUAUUGUUUGCUUUUCAACGCGCGAGGUUUAAGGACAACAAAAUGGCUGUCUCUCCCUACCUACCUAUUUUUGUCGCUGUGGUGGUUCUAGCUGUCUCAGUUGGCUACACGUCGUCCUUAGCAUGCUACCAGUGCGCUGACUCAGGGGGCGAGGAUGUGGACUGCCAGGAUGCCUCCGCCCUCCUCAACAUCACCAAGCCAGAGAAGAAGGAGGGAGAAGAAGAACCUGAUGAAUCGGACUACAUUCGGAAAAAUAAAUACUAUAAAAACUGCGAUGACGUGAACCAGACCAUGUGUAUGAUUGAAUCGCACGUGUCACAAGGUGUAGUUAAAAGCUACAUCCGUGACUGCAGUGAUGGAGAGACCUUUUCCUUCGCAAAGUCAAAGUAUCCUCGACUAGAGAACCUCCCUGCAAACAACGAGACCACUUGCACGUAUGAUGUCGGGCCUAACAUUCAAAUCUGCGUUACGUUAUGCACUGGUGAUGUCUGUAACGGUCCCCAGCUCGUACCCAAAGAGGAAAUUGAAUGUCGGAAUGUUACGAAUGUAUACGGAGAAACAGAGGUGAUCUGUGGAGCGUCAUCGCUAAGUCAUUUCUUGAUGCACACCUCACUGAAUACAUUAUUGGGCGGAGUGUUUGGGUUUGGCUAUUUGGUACCUUUCAUCGUCUACAGUCUGGCUGUUUUCCUUAUGAUGUAAAUAGCUGGUGGUGGAAUUAAUUUAUUAUGCAAGAUCAGAAAUACAUUUGUUCCGAUGUAUGCAUUGACAAAGAAAUAUCUCAGUAAGCUACGUUUAUAACGAAUUACAGGUACUACUAACUGGUUGUGUUGGACCCGUCCACUUGUAUAUUUUAGUCGAAAUGCUUAAAACGAACAAAGGUUAUAGCAAACUAAAACUAGUGGCCCCUUGAGUUAUAACCGUGCUUUACUUACACGAUUUUAUGUUAUGAAAGUAAGAACCGUGAAUGAUAACUGAUUUGACCCACAGGGCGUGACGUCACUGUUGUUUGUAACUUCAUUUCAGAUGUUACUUAUGCAAAUACGCCCAAAAGAUUCACGGAUGGUGAUCUAUUUCAGCCUAACAAAAGGAGAAUUCAAGUUUGUGUGUGUGUGAGUGAGUGAGUUGGGUUUACAACCGUCCAGCAAUAUCACUCGCUGUUUUUUUUAGAAAAGUGCUUCACACAGUUAACCCAUGAGAACCCCGGCGAUCACGUUUACCACUGUGCUACCCUAUCGCCUCUCAACAACUGACAGUAGACCUGUUUUAAGAGGUAAUAUCAAAUUGGAAAGUUAAUAUCUGAUCUGUUGAGAAUCAAAUAACACGUCACAAUUUAUUUCUGGACUCACAAAAGUCCAGAAACUCUCCGCACUGUGGCCACUUUCUGACAAGGAAUUAAUCUGUUUAUGAUCGCUCAACAAACAUCCACAAAAUUUGUCCUUUCAUUCUUGUCACUGAAAAAUAACGAGAACAUGUUAUGUUUUUUUUUAUGUCGUUAGCUGCGUUUAUCAUUUAUGAUUUACUUCUUUUUAAACGCUGACAUUGCUGUCACAUGUACACUUCCACUUUUCCAAUAUCAAGAUGCCUUCCAAAAAUUAUUCUAGGGCAGUUCUGCCAUGAUUCGUUCACAAUGUAUUAACCGUAUUUGAAUGUUAUUGCUUUAGAGUUAUUAAUAUUAAUAUUUAUUUUUAUUAUCCUUAUGGUGAAACAUAACCGGUGUCAUAUAUAUCAUGUGUGCACAUGUACACAUUUCACAUUUGCCUACCAACCAUUGUUCCUGUAUUUCGUCGUCUGUGAGGUCAUUAAACAAUUGUAUAUGACGUCAAGUCAAUGAACACGGCCGUCACACUUGCUUACCGUGCUUUACUGCACAAAUGUACAUGAAUAAAAUGGAUAAUAAACA